AUGGUUAAAGAACUGUUCAGGGAGUCUGAUCACUCUCGGACCGUGUAAGUCUUAUCUUCAUUUUUUUUAGAUAAAGCAGUAUAGUUAAAAGUGACAUAACAUGUUUAUUUUAAGGAAAUCUAUCAUAACAAUUCUAUAACACUUAAAAUUCAAAAAGUUAAACCUAAAAUUUUAAUAAAAAGUUUAAAUUUGGCAUUUUCAGUGAGUCCGUGAGGUUCACGACAGGAAGUGCUGUCGAUAUUCGUCAGAUUUCUCAUCUACAAGUCUUCAACAGUCGUUUAUAUGAGGAUAGUGGAGGUAAACCUACUCCAAUAUUGUUUGGUCCCUUGGAUAACAGAUUGGGUACCUGUUCCAAGACGACAAACUGCGACACAUGUGGGCAGAAUUCGACGGAUUGCGUUGGUCAUUUUGGCUACAUGAAUCUUGAGUAUCCUGUGUUCCAUGUUGGAUUCUUCAGGCUUAUCAUUCAGGUUCUACAAUGUGUUUGCAAGGUAAGUCUUUAUGUUUUUUUAUAAGUUUAGGGUGUGAUUCUUUUAUUGAUAUGAGGAAAAAUUUACGCUGAAUUGAAACCGAGUAUCAAAACACUCAAUAACUAAAAUUUAGGUAACAAAACUAAAAUUUUUACUUUUGCAGAAAUGUUCGGCUACAUUGUUAACUGGAGAAGUGAAGGAAAACAUUCUAAGACAGAUUCAGAAUCCAGCGUUGGACUACCUGAAGAGAAAAGCGAUUCAGAAGAAGAUUGUGGCUCAAAGUAAGAAGAUCUCAGUAUGUCCAGUUUGCGGCUUCAUGAAUGGUACUGUGAAGAAGGCAGUUGGCGCAGUAUUGAAGAUUGUGCAUGCUGAGCCAAUUGGAGAUGAGAAGGAGUUCCGUAUGGGUACAAAGGAGAGCAAAGAACUGAACUCAUUGGUUGCAAUGGUCAAGUUCACCUUGGUUGACCCGCUGCGUGUGUAUAACAUUUUCAAGAAGGUUCACGUGGCUGUAAGUGUUUGUUUUUAUUUUUUUAAAUAUAUUAGACGUUUAAUUUGAAAUUUUAAAAGACGUUUGCAAAUUUCUUAAUUAUUCGCCGUGAAAGAACACUAUGAAUAAUAUUUGACAUCUUGCAGAACAGUUUAUACCUAGUAUUUUUAAUUUUAGGACAUUCCUUUCCUCAUGGUUCAAGCAGAUGCUAUUCAACAUCCAAUCGAUCUACUACUUACUCGAAUGCCAGUUCCUCCAGUCUGUAUUCGACCAUCAGUAAUCACAGAGACGAGAGCUGGGUCCAAUGAAGAUGAUAUUACUGUAAAGCUUACCGAAAUCAUGAUGAUCAACGAAGUUCUACGGAAACACAAACACGAUGGAGCCCCGAUGAAGACAGUGGCCGAAACCUGGGACCUUCUUCAAAUCCAGUGUGCUUUGUAUAUCAACAGUGAACUUAAUGGUUUACCUCCAGACCUACAGCCGAAAAAGUUUGUCAGAAGUUUUACUCAGAGACUGAAGGGCAAACAAGGACGAUUCAGAGGGAAUCUGAGUGGAAAACGUGUCGACUUCAGUGCGAGAACGGUAAGAUUUUAAGGUUUUCCUUUGUUGCAAGAUAUAAUCCAUUAUAAAUAUUUGUCAACGUUCUUUUAUUUUACGGUAAUUAGUCUUGCUUUUAGGUGAUUUCACCUGAUCCGAACCUGAAGGUUGACCAAGUUGGAGUACCCAUCCACGUAGCCAAGAUACUAACCUUCCCAGAAGUUGUCAACAAAACUAACAUCGAAUUGAUGAGGAAGUUGGUUAUCAAUGGAGACUCAGUUCAUCCUGGUGCUAAUCACAUUGUUGAUAGGAGGACGGGCAAUAAAAAGUUCUUACGGUAGGGUUACCUGAGUGACUUUUCAGUAUUAUAGUAGUAAAAAGUUUUUUGUUUUAUUAGGAGUUUACAUGAAGUUUAGGUAUGGUAACCGAGAACAAAUCGCUCAGCAACUUCAUUACGGGGACAUUGUUGAAAGACAUCUGAAGGACGACGAUGUAGUACUCUUUAAUCGUCAACCUUCUCUUCACAGAAUCAGUAUCAUGGCUCAUCGUGCCAAAGUUAUGCCGUUCCGAACGUUCCGUUUCAACGAAUGUGCCUGUACUCCAUAUAAUGCUGACUUUGAUGGAGAUGAAAUGAAUCUUCAUUUGCCGCAAACAUACGAAGCCAGAGCCGAAGCUUCUCUUCUGAUGAACAUCAAGUCGAAUCUGAUCACACCAAGGUCAGGAGAGCCUCUUGUAGCCGCAAUUCAGGAUUUCAUUACGGCAGCUUAUGUUAUUACCCACAAAGAUACGUUCUUGCCAAGAGAUGAGGUAUACAGGUGUGCGGCUGCUUUGGUGGAUGUCAAUGCGAAGAAACAGUACAAGAUCAGGGUACCACCCCCUGCCAUUCUGAAGCCGAAAGAGUUGUGGACUGGGAAGCAGGUAAGUCGGAGUUUCUUCUUAAAUGCAGUUAAACGAAUAUGUCUUUGAUGAUAUAGUGAUGUAGUAAAACAUUGUUGAACUAACUUUUGUACAUUUUAGUUGGUGGAGCUUAUCUUGGCACCAGAACUUGGUACUCACGUCAAAGUAAACAUCUCAACUCCAAACAAAUCUCAUCCCAAAGGAAAAGACGAGUUCGAAUGCAAAGUAAGUUGCCAUAUUAAGGUUGGUUAUGCUUUUAGGAUACCUAUGUUAUGAUCAAGAAUAAUCAGCUUCUCUUGGGAAUGUUGGACAAGGCAUUGUUGGGAUCUGGCAGCAAGACUAACAUAUUUUACGUUUUACUUCGUGAUUUCGGCGAAAACUUUGCUAUUGAAGCCAUGUGGAGGUUGGCCAGGAUCAGUCCAGUGUUUCUUUCUAACAGAGGAUUUUCAAUCGGUAAGACUAUGUUAAUAUAUGUUUAGUUUUAAUUGAUAUUUCCUUAAUAAGAAGUUUUUUUGUGGUAGCUUCAUAUGGGAAUUUACGUUUAAUCACAAUAACUUUUUUGGUUUAGGUAUUGGUGAUGUUACUCCAAGUGCUGGAUUAUUGAGGGAGAAGAAGAAGUUGCUGGAAACGGGUUAUUCUGAAUGUGACAACUUUAUCGAACAAUUGAGGAUUGGCAAACUGAAGUCACGACCUGGCCAAACCGAAGCCGAAACCUUGGAAAGUUUGAUCAUGCACGAAUUGUCACAGAUUCGAGAUCACGCUGGCAAAGCAUGUCUUUACAAUCUGUCAAAGUAGGUUACUGGGAUUUGCGGUUUAAAAUUUAGUUGUAAUGAAAUUUAUUCAAAUUUAAUUGUAAUGAAAGCUAAUAUAUACUGUUAAAUAUAAAUUUUCAGAAGCAACACUCCUCUGACCAUGGCCAUCUGUGGCUCCAAGGGGUCCUUCAUCAACAUCUCCCAGAUGAUCGCUUGUGUAGGUCAACAGUCGAUCUCUGGUCAUCGACCGGCCGAAGGCUUCGAAUACAGAUGUCUGCCGUUGUUCCAGAAGAAUGACAAGAGUCCUGUAGCCAGAGGAUUCGUGGAGAAUUCCUUUUAUUCUGGUCUGACACCUACAGAAUUUUUCUACCACACGAUGGCUGGUAGAGAAGGACUGGUCGAUACUGCCGUAAAGACAGCCGAAACGGGUUACAUGCAAAGAAGAUUGGUCAAGUGUUUGGAAGAUCUGGUGGCCAACUACGAUAACACAGUACGAUCGUCUACUGGCGAGAUCGUGCAAUUCAGAUUCGGCGAAGACUGUUUGGAUCCGUGCUUUAUGGAAGCCAAAGAUGGAGAUCUGGUCGACUUUAACCACAUCCUCUUCCACACUCGGAAUGUCUGUCCUUUUGAGUACCAUGAGGAUGAUGUACUUGACUUGGAUAAUGUCAAGUUGUUGGUCGAAGAAGCCGUCAAACCGAUGGAAGAGCAUUACAAGAACAUCACCAAGACUUUCAGUGAAGUGAAGGAAAAGUUUUUGUUCAGCGAGAAAGUGAAGGAGUUUCUGGUCGAUUAUAUUAGCACCAAACAGACCUUCUACGAACUCAAGACGGCGUGCACUAAACAUACGUCUGCUGCGUAAGUAUAAAACAAUGAUAUACACUAUAUAUUAAAAUGCAUAUAGUUUAUUACAAAAUAUUGUUUCAGAGCCUCAACUCAAAGCAAAUGUCGUUUGUGCCAAAACGUGAAGAAGAUGCGAGAAACUCUACUAAAGGCCCAUUACUUAACUAAAACCCAGAUAAUAUCAUUCAUCGAAUUGUGCGAGAAGAAGCUGAAGAAGGCCAUCGUGGAACCAGGAACGGCCGUUGGAGCAGUAGCGGCUACAUCAAUUGGAGAACCGUCUACCCAGAUGACAUUGAAGACUUUCCAUUUUGCUGGAGUAGCUUCGAUGAACAUCACUGAGGGAGUACCCAGGAUUAAGGAGAUCAUCAAUGCUGUCAGGAACAUCUCUACACCUGUCAUCACGGUAUCUCUGAAGAACGAAAAAGACGAGAAGCUGGCUAGAAGAGUUAAGGCUAGAAUCGAGAAGACGACGUUGGGUAUGUACUGUAAAAUUUUAUAUUUAAGCUUUCAAAACUCCUUAAAUUCGUUUAGGUAACAGUAGUUUGAAACCUUUUGCCAAUUGUUAUCUUAUAUAAAUAAUGAAAUUUCAGGUGAAAUCAGUGAAUAUGUGGAACAAGUCUUCAUGCCAGACGAUUCCUUUGUCCUUAUCAAACUCAGUGCUCGUAGGAUACGACUGCUGCAGUUGGAGGUAACCAUGGACAGUAUCUGCCGAGCCAUUCAAGGCGCCAAACUUCCGAUUCCCUUAAAGAACCGACAAGUCCGACCGGUCGGUAAGACAAUGAUUCUGGUAAGGCCGGGCGGUGAUGAAGGUAUGACCCGAACUAUGGCGUUGCAUUGUCUCAAGUACUCUCUGGUCAAUGUCGUUGUGAAAGGACUUCCAAACGUGGUACGAUGUGUUAUCCAGGCAGAUGAGAAGAAAGGAGACAGCUAUCAGCUACUGGUAGAAGGCACUGACUUUAAGGAGGUAAUGGCUGUCUACGAGACCAAUCCCUUAAAGACCAAGUUUAACAAUGCAUCAGUAGUGGCAGAAGUGCUGGGUAUCGUGGCGGCUAGGGAUUGCAUCGUGUCUGAGAUCAUCUCCACCAUGAAGUCUCACGGUAUUGAACUGGAUAGACGACAUGUCAUGUUGUUGGCCGAUUUGAUGACCUAUAGGUAGGGUUUUACGAAAGUUUAAGUAUAGUUCAAUUAUGUAUCUUUAUUGUAGUUUUAAUGUUAUGUGGAUAUACAACUAACUUAAUUUUACAGAGGUGAAGUCCUUGGCAUCACUCGUAACGGCUUGGUGAAGAUGAAGGAGUCAGUGUUGUUGUUGGCUUCAUUUGAGCGCACCACAGAUCACUUGUUCGAAGCUGCUUUCUUUAGCCAGAAGGAUGAUCUUGUUGGAGUAUCAGAGAGUAUUAUCAUGGGAACUCAGGCCCGGAUCGGUACAGGAAUGAUCAAGUUGCUUCAGAAUAGAGGGAAGGUACCUCCAGUGUCACAACUGAUCAAAACUCCUGUCUUCUCGAUGCCAGAGUUCAAGUUGAAGUUGUAA